CCCGGCAGUCUCCCAGCUGGAUCAUGGGACCCCGCGGUGCCCCCCUGUGGGUGCUGUGGCUGGCGGCAGCCGGUGCCUUUCACCCCAACGCAGAGUCGGGAUCUGGAGAUCCCCCGGGCUUUACGGACGCUGACAUCACACGGGUCGGGGCUUUGCAGGCCGUGGCUUUCUUCCUGGAGAAGCACCCACGCCACGGCAAAGCCCACAGCUCCCCAGGCAGCCUCGAGAAGCUGGACCCCCUCACGGCCAGCAGCCUCAUCAAAGCCUACUACGGAGCUGACGUCUCAGCUCGUCGCCUGGAUGAAGUCCUGGACGCCUUGAUUGCUGCAAACAACCAGGUGGAAGCUGAGAUCCAGACAGACCCGGCCCACUACUUCUACUGCGAGGAGAUUGCCAAGAGUCAGUCUCACCUCCAGGGAUACCACAAGAUUCUCCUGACUGAGACCCGGAAGAACGGCAGCAUGGACGGAGCUCGGGUCAGCGCCGGGAAAGCUCUUCACAUCCUGCAGAAGUUCUACAGCAACAGCAACUGGGUGGAGAUGGGGCGGGGGGUCCCCUACGAGCACCUGGUGAACCCCUCCAGCCUAGCCGUCCCCAUUGCCCCAAAGACCCGGGCCACUUGCAAGUCCUGCCCUAAAAGACCAGGGGGCGGGUUCUUGUGCAAGGACAAUCUGCUGGUUACCAACAUGCUCACGAGUGGUUACAAGAGCUGGAAGCCCUGCGGGAAGAAGCCCCCAGGCAAGUGCAGCCAUGGGACCCCUGAUGACAUCACCCGCAGGUCCCCGCCCACUGGGGGCAUCAACAAAGAGACAUGGGACCAAUUGCAGUCCCCCCACCAUGACUUGCACCUUGAGGCUGCCAGGCUGGCCAUCCAGGCCACCCGGGACUUCUUUGUGGCACCAGGCUACGGGUUCCUGGAUAAGGUGGGUGAGGCAGCCUUCCGGAGCUUCUUCAACCUGGCCACCUAUUCCCUGACCUUUGUGGUGGAUACUACGGGCAGCAUGUCCGAAGAAAUUGCCUGGGUCAAGGACCACUGCCUGGAGCUGCUGCACAAGUACGCGGGGUCCCCUGAUGCCCCCCACAACUACGUGCUGGUACCCUUUAGUGACCCAGACUUUGGGCCGGUCUUUGUCACGGAGAAUGUGACGGAGUUCCAGGUGGCCAUCGAGGCACUCACAGUGUUCGGUGGUGACGAUUGUCCAGAGAUGGCGCUGAGUGGACUGGAGCUGGCACUGAAAGCCAGUGAGCCAAGGUCUAAGAUCUUCACCUUCACGGAUGCUAGCGCUAAGGACAUCGAUAAGUUGGAUGUGGUCAAGAUGCUCGUGGAGUCCAAAGGCAGCCAAGUUAACCCCCUCCUGACUGGGGUGUGCUAUGAGGACCGCGUCAUCCGGGAGGCCCCCAGGCCCUUCGCCAACGUCUUUGAGGAGCUGGCCUGGCUCUCGGGUGGCUUCUACGUGCUCACGACUAAGGCGGAGCUCCCCGAGCUGCUGGGGGUGAUGGAGCUGGCCCUCAAUGCUGCCCCUGUCACUGUCACCCGGGGCCGGGUCAGGGGGGACCCGAUGUACUUCUCUGUGGAUGAUGCCCUGAGUGAGUUCACAGUCUCCAUCCGCAGCCUGGAAGGGGCCAGGGCCGGGUCCUUCUCGCUCACUCUCCAGCAGCCUUCAGGCACUGCCCCACCUGACCUAACCACGGUCAUUGCCUCGGUUGACCGGCAGGUCGUCAAGGUCCCCCGUGUGGCUGAGACAGGGAUGUGGAAACUGACAGUGGCUCCCAGCGGAUACUAUGAAGUGGAGGUUGGGGGCAAGAGCCUGCUGGACAUCAACAUCCAGCUCCUGGAGGGCACCCAGGACCUGAUGCUGCCCAUCCAGGGCCGGCCUGUCCAAGGGGGUAACUACACGGUCUCAGUGAGGCUUCAGGGUGAGGACCUCGGUGCCCGCCCCCAGCGCCUGGUGAUUCUUGACUCUGCUUUGACCCUUGUUGAUGUCAUCCCCUUGGUCCAGCGGCGCAAUGCCCAGCGCCAUGUCCUGGGCCUGGCACCUCUCAGCCUGCACCACCCGGCCACCAUUCUCCGUGUUGAGGGGCAAACUGGGACUGGGGUCUCUUUCAGCCGCCUCCACCCCGCGCCCGUGACUGCUGCAGCCGUGCUGCUGGUGGCCUUGGAGGGGCAGAACACCACUCUCCACCCUGGGGACACCACCACCCUCCAGGUGCAGGUCUCAAACUCCGGGCCUGAAGACACCUUCAGCUUCUCAGUGAAGGAUGAAUUGGGGUUGCUGCAGAGCUUUGAGCCAUCCUCGGCGACCCUGGCAUCUGGGGAGAGCCUGGUCCUCUACGCCAACUUCACCGCCCCUAAGAACUUCUCUGGCUUUGCCACCAGCAUUGCAACAUUCAGUGCCCGGGGUGGAUCAACACAGAACUACAUAAAAGUCCCCCUGAUUGCCGUGCCAGAGGCUGCCCAGACAGAGGAUGUGACCCCGCCGACCCAUAAGCUGCUGGGAGUCAAUUUCCCCUGUGCCAAUGAAGACCCUGACUGUACCCGGCACAACUGGACAGUGCGAUUCAGUGUCACUGAUGAUCAGGGCCCUGUGACCAUCCAGGUGGUUGAAAAUCCCCGGGGCCUGACCUGUCGACUAGCUACCUCCGGGGGCCAGAUCUGUGUAUAUCGAUCGACCUGCUGCUCCCAGGUGGCCCAGCUGCUGUUCAGUGACAAGACUGGAAAUGCUGACACCCUCGUGGUGGACUACAGGAAUCCCGAUCUCUAGUGGCUAGAGCAGGGGGGAAUGGUUGGGAGCCCAGGUGCCUGAGUUCUCUACGCCUUGAUGUGGGAGAAGAGCGGGAGCUGGGGGAGUGGGCAGAGCCGCAGAUCCUGCGCCUCCCCCUAAUAAAUCCAGAUCCUGCCCCCCACCCCCGCCGCAGAUCCUGCCCCCCUAAUAAAUCUCUGGCAACCGGCAA